AUGGCAAAUAAUGCUUUGAUGAAGGUUGUGAUAAUCAUAAUGAUGCUAAAUAUGUAUUUGUUGUAAUCUUAGAGAAUGCAAUGAAGGAUCCCAGGAUUGACUGGGCGAUGGGUGUCUGCAAGAAGGUUGUCAGUAGCUUUUCCUACAGUUGGAAAAGGAAGAGGGCUCUGACAGAGGCUCAGAGGCAGUUGAACCUGCCUGAACAGUCUCUAAAGACUGAAUGCCCGACUAGAUGGGGAUCUAGGCAGGCUAUGGUCGACAGAGUCCUUGAACAACAGAAGGCCAUUGCCCAGGUUUUCUCCAGUGACCGGAAGGCUAGACAUCUCACCCUCACAUGGCAGGAUAUUGAUGUGCUGGAGGCCAUCAACAAGUCACUCAGCCCUCUGGUUGAGUUCACGGAUGCCCUUUCUGGAGAUAAAUAUGUCAGUGUUUCUUUCCUGAAACCAACCCUCCACCUCUUCAAUAACCAAAUACUGGAAGUGCAGGAUGAAGAUACGGACCUUGCCAAAAGCAUCAAACUGAAGAUAGUAGAUUAUCUCAAUGACUAGUACAGUGACACAGCAACACAAGAACUGCUUGACAUGGCCUCUGCCCUGGACCCAAGGUUCAAACUCAAAUAUGUCCAUGAAGACAACUGAGGGUCCAUUGAAGACAGACUGAGAGCGGAGAUGAAGACUGUCAUGGAGAAUGUCCCUCUUGAGACUGCAGCAAUGCCUGCUGAGGAUGCUCCGAAGAAGAAGAAGAAGGGCCUAGGCAGCUUCUUCAAGGUCACUACAGUCACACCUCCUCAGCAACAGCACCAGGCCAUAGCUAGUGAGCUACAUUCUUACCUCCAGAGGGAAAUACUGGAUGCUGAGGAAGACCCACUGAAGUGGUGGACGGAAUCCCAGAGGCUAUACCCUCGGCUUUCAAACCUGGCAAGAAAAUACCUCUGCAUUCCAGCUACAAGUUCCUCUUCAGAGAGGGUCUUUAGUACAAGUGGAAACAUUGUCACCUGCUUGCGUUCAUCCCUUAAACCAGAUCAUGUUAACAGACUGGUGUUUCUGGCUAAAAACCUUUUAAGCGAUUAUAUUAGCAGCCCUACCAGAAUAUUGACUUAAAUCAUUUUAAUAUUUUGUCUUAAAUUUUAGUUAACUUAUUUGCUGUUAAUGUUGGGGCCUGAUGGUGGCGCAGCCUUUAAUAUUCUUGGACUGAGUUACUAGCUGGAAUUUGUUGAAUAUAUUUUGCCAAAAAUGUUCCUUUCUUCUUUUCAAGAGAUUGUGGUAGUGCACUUUAUUGUUGAUCUUAUUU